CUGCGCCUGCGCGUGCCACACACCCACCCACACACACACUCGCGUGGCCUUCGCGAAGGUGUCGCUGCCAAGAAACGUGUCCUGCGCGCUACGCCGUCUGUUUCUAGGGCAACGCCGGCGUCUCUUAGCAACCGCGCGCGGCCUAGGUGGGUCCCCCCGGAACCCCCAGCCCUGCCAUGGCCACCGCGAGUCCUAGCGUCUUUCUACUCAUGGUCAACGGGCAGGUGGAGAGCGCCCAGUUUCCAGAGUAUGAUGACCUCUACUGCAAGUACUGCUUUGUGUAUGGCCAGGACUGGGCCCCCACAGCGGGUCUGGAGGAGGGGAUCUCACAGAUCACGUCCAAGAGCCAAGAUAUGCGGCAAGUACUGGUGUGGAACUUCCCCAUUGAAGUCACCUUUAAAAGCACCAACCCCUACGGCUGGCCGCAGAUCGUGCUCAGCGUGUAUGGACCAGAUGUGUUCGGGAAUGAUGUGGUUCGAGGCUAUGGGGCCGUGCACGUGCCCUUCUCACCUGGCCGGCACAAAAGGACCAUCCCCAUGUUUGUCCCAGAAUCUACAUCUAAAAUGCAGAAGUUUACAAGCUGGUUCACGGGGCGGCGACCCGAGUACACAGACCCCAAGGUGGUGGCUCAGGGUGAAGGCCGGGAAGCUACCUUCAGGGCUGUCUGUCAAAGCAGUGUCUCAACAUGAAAGAGGCUUGAGUCCCUGACUUCUGUGAGAAACCCGUGGGAAGCCGCUGAGACCUGAUGUGUUACUGCAGCGUAAACAAGAGCAUCCCACACACCCUUCUCUCUCUCCUGUCCCCUGCACUGAACGGGCACCCCCUGCCACCAGCCCCUAGCCUCCUAGCUCUGAGUUUGUCCUUGGGUGGACACUGGGAGCCAGGCACUCACACAGAGAGCAGAGGGCUGCAGGGCAGUCCCAGGCCUCCCUCCAGGUUCGUCUCAGGGCCUCUCCAACCCUUCCCAUCAGCGUCUCCCAGCCGCCUCUGCCUCGGCCUUGCCUCCUCCCAUGACCGGAGCACCUCUUCCACCUCUGCUGCCUGGAGGUGCACGUGUCCUCCCGCCGCUACCCUCCUCUGGUCGGCGGCUCUGAGGCACAGGCCCUCUGUGUUGGUCAGCUGUUGCACAGCAAGCUACCUAAGAACCAGUGGCUCCAACAGGCCCCUCCUCUCAGGAAUACACAGUUGGCUGGGCAGCUCCACGCAAUCCCUCCCUCCGCUGCCCCGGCUGACAGGAGGUGGCUUCCCAGAGCAGCUUUUCUGCAGCAUGGACACCAGAGGAGGCAGAGCACAGGAAGCCUCUGGGGACCCGGCACACUGUCACUUCCAUCUCAUCCAAAGCAGUCUCCACCAGUGACCAGGCCACAUUAGGAGGGUGGACGCAGGAAGUGGGCAGUGGCUAGCACUUCCCCUACCACACCCGUGCAGGCCACCAGUCUCAGCACCUCACCAAGGGCAGGCCUCCCACCCCCUUUUCCUGAGGUUCAGGGGCAACCAAAUGCCCAGCUCACACGGGUACUAGGACCAGGCUGGUGGCCUCAUUGACUGCAGACCAAGCUCCACAGGAAUCGGCUCCUUUAUCUCCCACCCCCCUCCAGUGGAACAGGACUGAUGAAGAUGAGGUGGGAGAAGGACACAGCCAGAAACCGCACCAUGGUACAAAUGAUAAAUUAUAUUUAUACAGUAAAUAAGUAUCAACAGUCAACACAAGUUCAAAACCAGCCACCGGCCUCUGGGACUGAGAAACAGCUGGGUGACUUCCUCCACCACAGUGCCCAUCAGGAGGGAGCAUGAUGGCACAGGCGCCAACAUGCAUGGCAGUGGCCGGUGGCUUCAUGAUCAGUGCAGUGGGCAACAGGGACAUGCACUCGGGAUGGCCUGUGCCAGAUGGGGUGGGGGCUGUCGUCUUGGGUCCUGGUGGCCCAGUGGCUGUCAUGUUGGGGCCUCAAAGUCGUGUCAUGAAGGGCUCUUCUGUUACAAAAGAAUCACUGACCCCAAGUAGUCGAGUCUGGUCUACUGACCUGUAAGGCUGGCCCAGGCCCUGCACCAUCUGAAGGAAAGCACCUUUCUGGGCAAGCAUCCCGCCUACCAUCCCACUGCACCUCCCCACCCACCCUUCCCCCAGCAGACGAGACCAGCCACCGGCUUACCCGAAUGGCAGCAGGAGCCUAAGGCCCAGCCCCAGGCCUGCAGUUCUGGCAGAGGGUGGCUGGUCAGGAACUCUAGACAUGGCUGCUGGGACUGGAGACGGCGGCCUCAGGAACAGCAUGAGUGGGUGCAGUCCUCACUCACAGCCUGCAUGUCCCAGCAGCCCGGAGACCAUUUAAGAUCUCUCCUGCGCUAGUGCGAAGGGUUAGAUCUUCUGGAACCAGAGAGGGGCUGGCAGGUGGUCGGCUGCCCUUAAAGAGCUGGAGGUGAGAAAUUCCCAUAGUGGAAAAGGGGCCAGAAACGUCCACCAGGCAAGCUGCCCAGACACAGGAUUGGUGGAAUGUCCCUUCCCUGGGUAAAAGCAAGUUUUUUCUGGUCUUUAAUGCAUGACAUAAUACUUUUACAGUGGUGGGUGAGGUGAGGACAGCAGGAGUUUGGAAGAGGGAGGUAAUAUUAAUGCAUGUUUGUUAAAAAUCUGUCCCGGGUGAAUGACUUUUUCCUUCAUCUCCAAAAUAUAAGAUAAUUAUUUUUAGGUCUCCAAUUUAAAAAUAAUGUCUGGAGUUAGCAGGUAGGUGGAUCAGGGCCAGCCCUGGUCCCCUAGCCCCCCACUCCCGUCUUAGCCUAGGGACUAUUGCCCAGGGACCCGUGGGCACAGAAGCACCCCCACCCCCAUGCCCUCAGGACAACUGCCAUUUCCACAUUAUCCCCAUCUUUAGCCUGAGCGUGGAUUAAGACAGAGGAGAUCACAGACACACAAGGUUAAAGAUGUUUCUUCCAUUUCAGAUUUCCAUUGUAAACAGAAGUCCUUGUUAAUCCCUGCAUGCCUUUAAUAAAAAAAAGGAAUUAGUUGAUAAAAAUUGGUGAGUCACAUUCAUACAUUAGAUUUUUUUCUUUAACUUUCAGGAUGUUGGUAUAUCAGUAAGAAAAAUAGCCUCUCGCUCAGGAUCUAGCCAAUAAGGCUGAAAGUCAAUCAGUUUAGUAAUUCACCAAAAACAGGAGUUAAUGAAAGGAAAAGGCAACUGGAGGCUAGGAUUUUUUGUUGCUGUUGUAGUUUUUUUUUUUUUUUUUAAAUAAACAUCAUCUAUGUGUAAUCAAAUUCCCAUAUUUUCUUCCUAUAAAGAAUUUGCUUUAGUUUUUCAAUAAGGCAUUUUUUUUUGUCAUCCAAACAUCUCUUCCUUUUAAAAUUUUCUUAGAGUUAAAACCAUAAAUAAGAGGAUUUAAACCACUAAAAUAACACGUGCCAAUAUCUUCAUUCAGCCAGACCUGGUAAAUUCUAUCAAAACUAGACAGUUAAAUAAGAACCACGUUAUAAAAAUAUUAGCCAAAAAAAGACUAUUAGAUAAUUUUGCAAACUCAAAUAUGAAACUGUACUAAACAAAAUAUGUGCAAAGGUACACAAGCAUAGAGCCACGUUGGGGGUUAUGCUCAGAUUAGUUUUAAAGCUCGCUCUAGUGGAUUUAAUUCAAGAGUUGUCCACGGUGGUGGUGUUUACUUUGAACUCACACGAGUCAAAGAAAAAUAAAAUAUGCACAACCACUUCCCCAAAA